UCUUAACUUACCAAGCCUCACGGACUGGAGGAAACGGCGUUCGCCACAGUCCUCAUCUCCUUUCUCUUUGCUUAGCAAGAUUGCUACAAUUGAUAUUCAUCUCGGCAAUCUUGUGCGUAAUUUAGGAUGAGAAGGUGUUAUUUUGAAAAUAAUGUUUUAUGAUAUGUUUAUUUAAUGGCUGCAAAAACACCUAAUUAUAGAGGAAGUGUUUGCUGUUCCGAUCAGCUGUGUCGAAUGAGUAAUAUUACAAAUGAUGGAGUGAGAAAUCUUAAUGCCCUUGGAAAUUUGUCUUCAAUAAAUCAUACAAGAAGAAAUCAGUCUGUUCCUUUAUCAUCUCAUUAUUUGAAUCCAACAGGAUCAAACAAUCAAUUUUCAAGUAUGCCGCCACCUCUUCCUCCGAGAUCUGAUCCUGUAUAUUCACCCAGGUAUGGUGGUCUGUCAGGAUAUGGCAGUUACCAUAGUCCCUUUUCACGAUACUCUUCAGGAUUGUAUUCUGGUUUUGGAGGAUAUCAUCAAUAUCCUUAUAGCCGAUACGGUGCCAUUGACAAUUCAUCUAACAGUUUCAUACAAUUAGCAGAAGAAAGUACUAGACCAGCUUUUGAAUCUGUUGAAUCUUUGGUAGAAGUGGUGAGUUCCAUCAGUAUGAUGUUGGAGUCAUGUUAUUUUGCAGUACACAGUUCCUACAGUGCAAUACUUGGAGUUGUAGAUCAGUUUUCUCGACUGAAAGAUCGCUUGGCUGAAGUGUUAUCCAUGAUGGCUUUGCUUCGGGCUUUGCGUUGGCUUUGUUUAAAAAUACUUUAUAUUUUGAAACUGAAAAAAGAUAAUCCCUCUGUUGAUGCUGCCUGGCGAUCAGCAACAGAAGCAGUUUCCAAUUCAUCACCUUUUACUGAGGGUACAAACAAAAGUGCAUGGCCUUUUCUGUUUUUUAUUGGCUUAGUUGUUGGUGCUCCAUGGCUUAUGUUCAAGUUACUCUCCAAGAGUAUUACCAAAAAGUCUUUUGAUCCAAGUACUUGGGUUAAAGAUGGCAAGUUGGCUUUUGCAGUGACUGCAUAUGAUUUCACUGCAACUAGACCUGGUGAAUUAUCUUUCUCUGCUGGAGAAAAAUUAUAUUUAGCUCCUAAAGGUAUUAGGACAUCAGUUGCAAGAGGAUGGCUGCUUGCUUGCAACAAAAAUAAAGAAGCCGGUCUCAUUCCCGCUAAUUAUUUGGCAUCAUUUUCAUCAAAUGGAAAUCAUUCUUCAUCUGCAGCUAAUACUUUUACAGUAAGAAAUCUGUCUGUGACCGAAGAUGAGACAUUAUCAAAAUGGCUGUCAUCGAACCCUGAGCAAUCAUCUCAGAGUCCCAUAUCCUCUGGAAAUGCAAAAUUUCCAGUUACUUCCAAAAAUCCUUCUAAACCAUUUGAUGAGGCUACAAAUAGUGAAGACAAGAAAUGUUCUGAAUAACAUUAUCAAAAUACAUACCCUUUUCUGAUAAGACAAAAUGUAUUGUGUGAAACAGGUAAACUCUGUGAUUAAGAGUGAAUUUGUUAAUUUAAAGUACAAAUAGGUAUUUUUAUAUAUUGUAUGAUGACAUUUAUCUUGUCAUUGGGUAUUUAAAAUUUCCAUCUCAUAAAAUUUGCACUACAUUUCUUUUAACAUUAGGUACUUGAAAUUUUUUGUGAAUAUUCAAUAAUUUAAAACUUCUGGGUAUAUUUCUUUCUGCUACAUCAGAGCUAAUAUUUGUUUUAGGGAAAGUUCCAAAAUACUAAGUGUGUAUGGCUUUACACUUAUGUAAAGAAAAUAUUUUCUGAAAUAUUCUAGUCAUAUAUUCUGAAUAUUUAAAUUUAAUAAAAUAUUAUGACAAAUAAGUUAUUUACAUAGUUAAUUCAAAUAAUAUUAUGUUUUCCAUUUUCAUCUGUUGACUAAUCUUAAAUUUUUAAAGAGUAUUUUUACCUGUUAGUUAUUCAGCACUCACUGCUGCACAGUGAACAAUCUAUUAGUGCCAUCUGGUAAUGAAACCCCUCCCCCUCCAGUUUUUGUUUGGGGGGGUAGUAAUCAUAUUUAAAUUGGUAUCAAACAGAUUAUUCUCUGCAGCUUGUUUCCAACACUGUGUGAAGUCUGAUCUACCAUGUGACCACUUUUCUUCUAUCUUCCAAUUAUAUUUUAUUGUUUGCAUAUGGAUGCCAUUCUUGGAAUCAAACUUGACAUUAGGGAGAAAAAAUGAUUGUACCCAUUGUCUUGUAGCCAAAAGAAAACCACAGAAAGAGAACAUUAACAAGGAAACAAAGUAAAAGGAAACAGAAGAAUCCGAUUGUUUCUAUGGUUGCUCAAAUUUGCAAGAAUUAUUGUGAAUGGGGAUGUGCAGAAUAAUCAACAAGCGUCAGAUAUUUAAAAUGGGUUUUUGAAAUUAAAUUUGUUUUCACUAAUAAAAAUUUAGUAUACACAGCAAAUAGUUUUUUAAUUCCUGUUUAAUUAUAUAGGUUGGUGCACAAUAUUUACAAUGUGCCAUUUAUAAAUUAAAUAUAUUUUUUCAUGUUUGUGUUAUUUUCAUUGAAAUUGUUAUUUUUCUGUUCCUAAAUGACAAAUGAAAAAUCUUCAGAAGAAAUUAUUUAUUAUUGUGGAAAAAAUAUCUGAACAAAUUAGAUGAACGAAAACAGGAUAAUGAAAGGCAUAAUGGAAAGAACUGAAAUUUAGUUCAGAGAACUCUGAAAGUUUCCAUUUGUAAAGUAUUACUUGUAUGGAACUUGUUAUGUAUUUUGCAUAUAUUGUAGGUGUAUGUAGAUGUAUUGUGUAUGCAUAUUCACAAAAACUGUCUAAUUAUAUAAAUAAAUGUACUAAUUAAGAAUUUAUGUAUUGCUGAAGUACAUCUGUUAAUUUAACACCAGAUGAAAUGUUACACUUUUUUUUAAAUCAAUGCAGCUUUAAUACUCUUCAUUAACAUUUUAACUGAUUUUGUUCUUAUAUAUCAAUUUAAACUCCUAGAUGAUAAUUCUCUUAAAUUUGAGUCAGAAAAUAUUUUUAAUAAAUCUCCUCAAAAUUUUCGAUUGUUACAGUUUUAUGCAGAAAGUGGGAUAAUUAGUUAAAUGUAUGAAGUAACUUCUAAAUGUUGUAACAUUUAUAUGUACGUAUAAAACAUUUGUAUUUAUGUAUUUUAUAUGAAGUUUUUAAUGAAUGUAAAGAUAUAUGUAUUUUGCAUUAACUUUAACAAGUUCAUUUGUUCUGAUCAGUUAUAACUUGCUUGCAGAAUAAAUAUUCUCAAGCUUGUAGAUAUUUAUUUAGAACAUUUGUUUAAUGGGAAUUAAAUUAUUUAAAAAUCAUUAAUAUUAUCUUUUAUAUUAUUUCUUGCUUUUGUAUAUUUCUAUCAAAAUAAAGUGUUAUAUAAGUUUCAAUUAUUAGUAUAAUUAUUUGAGCUAAAAAUUCAGAUGUAAUAUUAUUUUACUCCUUUUUAAAUAUAGUUAUAUAGUUGUCCAAGUAGUUUGAUAUCAUUCAAAACUAAACAAAUUCUGAGGUCUUGAUUUUUUAAAAGCCUAAUGUAAAAUUUCUUGAUUUUUUUCCAAGAAAUUUUUUUUUCCUGUUUAGCAUUAUUGCAUUUUUACUUCUUUGUAAUAUUGCAUUUUAAUAUUGUAAAUAAGUAUGAUUAUGUCACUUGAAAGGGAAAGGAAUGAUUGUCAUCUAAGUUUAUCUGUCAGGCAAAUAAAUUUUUUCCCCUUUCAACAAUGAUUGAGUGACAUCAAAUUUAAAUACACAAGAACAGUUUUAUUGGAAAAAUGAAUAAAAGCAUUCAAAUUUGCCCAGGGUCUUACAUUACAAAAUCUUUUCUUUUAAUUUUUGCAGCUGUUACUCAAUAGAAAUAUAGGUUGUUGGUAUAUCUAAUGCAAUUUUAUGUAGCAAAUUAUUUAUUUAUUUAAAUAAUUUUAUCUUUUGAUUAAAAAAUUGGUUUUGUUUGUUAUUUAAUAUAUCCAACUUAAUAUGUAAUAUUUAAGUUUCAUUUCCAGCCAUGCUUUAUGUGGGUAUGAGAACAAAUGGUUAUAUUUCUUUUUUUCGAACUGAGAAAUGUUUAUAAUUGUUAGUUGUGCUUUGUAUGUUAAUGAAAUUUUUCAACAAUGUUUCUUAAAAUA